AUGAUUUCAAAGCGCUCCUUCAGUCAAACCGCUUUGAAAAGGUUCUUGAAAAAACCACAAUUUAAUGUCAAGUCCAUCGUCAAUGAUCUACCGCAGUAUCGGGAGUCUAUUGCCAAGCGUCAGUUAGUUGCAGGGGCUGGUCUCUUGGAAGGCUUACAAAAUUUACCAGAAGCAUACGAAACCAUUAGAGGAUUGAAUCAUAAGAUAGCACUAGUUCAGGGACAGAGAAAAUCCCUGGAGGCCGAAAUCAAGAAUGACAGAUCUAAAAUUGAGGUCCGAGCAUCAGAGAUCAAGAGCUUGAAAAGCCAGUAUCAGCUAAUAUCUAAAGAAUUGGAUCUUGCCGAGCUUAAGGUUACCGACAUGUGUUCGUCAUUGCCCAAUCUAGUUUCCCCGAAUUCGCCAGCAACAGAACCACAAAUUGUGCAUUGGAUCAAUCCACAAGACUCAUAUGAACCAGACGCAAAGCGCGAUCAUGUGAAUAUUAUGGUUGAGAAGGGCUUAGUGGAUUUCCAAACGGCUUCCAACGUUUCUGGAACAUCAUGGUUUUAUCUUCUAAAUGAAGGCGCUGAGCUAGAGCAAGCAUUGGUCUCUUAUGCGUUAAAGCAGGCUAAAGAAGCAGGGUUUCAAGUAUGCAUACCUCCCAGCAUUGUUAGGAAUGAAGUAAUUGAUUCCUGUGGGUUUAGACCAAGAGAUAUGAAUAACGAACAACAGAUUUAUCACAUCAACGACACUUCUCUGGGGUUGACUGCCACGGCUGAGAUCGCACUCGCAGGUCUUGGGAUCAAUAAAGUCAUGGAUUUGUCAAAGGGCCCUCGAAGCGUAGUAGGUGUAAGUCGGAGUUACAGAGCAGAAGCUGGAGCUAGAGGUAAAGACACAAAAGGACUUUACAGGGUACAUGAAUUCACGAAAGUGGAAUUGUUUGUCUGGGCUAAACCGGAGGAAAGUACGCGACUACUUGAGAAGCUCAAAGACUUACAAAUCGAUAUCGUUACCUCCUUGGGAUUAUCAGCUAAAGUCCUUAAUAUGCCUGCUAAUGAUCUUGGUGCACCAGCCUAUAAGAAGUACGAUAUCGAGGCAUGGAUGCCUGGGAGAGGUUCAUUUGGUGAGAUUACUAGUUCAUCAAAUUGCCUGGAUUACCAAAGUAGACGUCUGAACACCAGGUUUAAGAAUGAGCUUACAGGUAAGCCAGAGUACGUGCAUACAUUGAACGGUACCGCAAUGGCAGUACCAAGGGUUAUCUUGGCUCUUAUUGAGAAUUUUUACUGCCCAACUACCGGUAAAAUAACCAUCCCCGAGCCUUUGAGACCAUUUAUGAACAACCGUACAUGCAUUGAAUAA